UAUAUUUAACAGCUGCCCCGGAGAAGGCAGGGAGGCAGCGGUGGCAGCUCUCGGAACAGCUCUUAUCUUCGGGGAGAAGGCCCUCAGAGCCGGGCUGGCACCAGCCUUCUGGGCGUGAGCGAGGUCACCAUGCCAGCUUCCCAGAGCCGGGCCCGUGCCCGGGACCGCAACAACGUCCUCAACCGGGCCGAGUUCCUGUCCCUGAACCAGCCCCCCAAGGGGGCCCCAGAGCCCCGCAGCAGCACUGCCAGGAAGGCCUCGGGCCCCUCGGUGCAGCCCCCUCCUGCUGGCGACGGGGCCCGUGAGCGGCGCCAGUCACAGCAGCUGCCUGAGGAGGACUGCAUGCAGCUGAACCCCUCCUUCAAGGGCAUCGCCUUCAACUCCCUGCUGGCCAUUGACAUCUGCAUGUCCAAGCGGCUGGGGGUGUGCGCCAACCGGGCCGCGUCCUGGGCCAGCGCCCGCUCCAUGGUCAAGCUCAUUGGCAUCACAGGCCACGGCAUCCCCUGGAUCGGCGGCACCAUCCUCUGCCUGGUGAAGAGCAGCACCCUGGCCGGCCAGGAGGUGCUCAUGAACCUGCUCCUGGCCCUGCUCCUGGACAUCAUGACGGUGGCCGGCGUGCAGAAGCUCAUCAAGCGGCGCGGCCCGUACGAGACGAGCCCCGGCCUGCUGGACUACCUCACCAUGGACAUCUACGCCUUCCCCGCGGGGCACGCCAGCCGCGCCGCCAUGGUGUCCAAGUUCUUCCUCAGCCACCUGGUGCUGGCGGUGCCCUUGCGGGUGCUGCUGGUGCUCUGGGCCUUCUGCGUGGGCCUGUCGCGUGUGAUGAUCGGCCGCCACCACGUCACGGACGUCAUCUCGGGCUUCGUCAUUGGCUACUUCCAGUUCCGCCUGGUGGAGCUGGUCUGGAUGUCGUCCAACACCUGCCAGAUGCUCAUCUCCGCCUGGUGA